AUAAGAAAUUACUAUCUCGAUUAAUCAUUUUAUUCCUUAUUCCUGCCGAUUUAAGUAAGUUUUACCCUUUCAUUCUGAUUGAAGUACAAAGGAAAAGAAAGGCGAGUCACUGAGUGAAACGGCAAAGGGUUAAAAAAAGUCACAAUGAAUCGGGAAGAGUGGCACAACAACUCCUUGGAUGGAAUCUGGAAGAUGGAGUGCGAGUUUUUGGAUCAAAUCUUUAACCAGGGCAUUUCCUUAGAGACCAAACAACAGAUGCAGUUCCACGAUUACAUUUACCGCCACUGCUCCAGCUUUGUCAACAAUGGCAGUGUACGGGCCCAGGAUCCCGGGAAGCACCUGUAUGAGAGCUUGACCAUUUUCCUUACCGCCCGGCUGAGGGAAAUGGCAGCGGAACUGGAGACCAUCACGGAAUACGAGGAGCUGCUCAUCGUCUAUCAUCGAAAAUGGCAGCCUUACCAGAAGGCGUGUGCCGAACUGGACCUCAUGUGCCGCUAUUUCAACGUCAACUGGGUGAAGCGAGAACGACAGGUGGGGCACAGCAACAUCUAUGAGGUAUACCCCAUGGCCAUGCACCUCUGGAUGGAGCACGUUUUCAGGCCCAUCGACAGGUCGUUGGUGGAUGCCAUUAUCCGUCAGAGGAAAUACGCCUCCUCCCUGGUGUACGAGGUGCUCCAGUCCAUUGUCCAGCUGUAUGCCAAUGAUGUGAGGCAAGAGACUACGGUUCGGGAUAAGUUGAUAAAUAUAUUCGGAAUGGAAUCGGGAGUCCUGCAGUUAUACGCGAAACAGACAACGGAGCUGUUUGAAAGAAUCCUGUUAACCAAAAGAUACUCCGCUCUGAAGCCCUUCCUCAAGUACGCCUGCUUGGCGAUGCCCGAGAUCGAGGAGGGAGAGAAAUUUAAGGCAUUCCUAAAGAGCCACAUAGCACCGCAGCUGAAAGAUGCAAUUGCAAAAUCACUGGGAGGGAAGGAUUACGUCCAGGCCAUAUGUGGAUUGCGGCACGGACCUCUAGAGCGUGGUCUUAGAGAGCACAAGAAACUGCUCUUUGUCAUCGAUCAGGUGUGCGAAACUGCAAUUAAUUCAUGCGAGAUCAAUAGUAAGAUGACAGCCACGGAACUGCUGGUCAGGUAUUGCCACCAACUGAUGACAACGAAGCAUCCGUCGGAAGAAGCGCUCAAGGACGAGCUCAAGCGGAUCGUCGAGGUGGUGGAAUUCAUUUUCGACAAGGAUUUAUUUCUCAUGCGAUACAGAGCCGCUUUGCAAAACCGACAAAUCAACGAAACAUCCACUUCCGACGACCUAGAGGUAACGAUGAUUUCCUUGCUAGCAAAGAGGUUCGGCCAUGAAGCCACCACGAACCUUUCAAAGCAGUUGGAGGAGAUGCAGAAAUCCAAUGUCAUAAAAGAUCAAUUUGAUUCCUAUUUGGUGGAUAGGGAUAUCAAACUGGGAUACGAUUUUCGCCUUAAGUGCUUUAAUGCCAGAGACAUUGCAUCCAAUAUCGGGUUGAUAUUGCCCUUUGAACUUCAGCGAACCGUUGACAUUUUCAGAGCAUUUUUCCUCAAUGCGUACAAAAGACGGAAAUUGGAAUUUAAUAUUCAGAAAUCGUCUGGGGAGAUUAUCAUAAAUAUCGAUCGGAGUUCUCCCUACUUUGUGAAGGUGGGCAUGCUGCAAAUGGCGCUCCUGCUUCAAUUCAACCAGAAGGAUAGGUACACGGUCGAGGAAUUGGCGGUCAGCUUGGGCACACAAAUAGAGACCAUAAUACCGAUUUUGGAGGGUUGUAUACGGGAGAGAAUUCUUGUCUGUGGCGAGCCACUAACCACUAAUUGCACUGUGGAAGUGGCCAGGGAAUUUACAAGAAGAAAACGUCAUCUUAACAUCAACACGGUUUCAACCAAGCAAAGAAAAAUCGAACCGAAAUACCAUGAUAAAGAAUUGAAGGAAAAGCGAUCUAUUCAACUCCGGUGUGUGAUGGUGCGGAUUAUGAAGAAGCGAAUGACUAUGAAUCACAUUCAGCUAAUUGGCGAGGUUAUCGAGGAGCUGAAGAAUCACUUCAAGCCGGACACAAGAUUAAUUAAAGAAGAAAUUGAGUAUUUGAUCGAGAAGAGUAUUCUCGAGCGUUCCGACAAUAAUUCAUACACCUACCUAAGCUAAAGAAAGUAUCGAAUUAAAUUGUUUAAUUUUGAUUAACUAUUGUUUAAUCUUAGUCAGACAUUUUUGCUAUAAAAUGCAUU